GCCCACUAGCGGUGAACAGGGAGCUGCUUCGGAGGAUAUGUGGAGCAAUCGUGGAAGAGGACUCCAGUCCGACCUUGUCUGGCGCACAGUCCCGCGUCUGGUUCGUGCGUAAGGCUGCUAAAACAGUUGGCCGCCUUUAAAACCCCUUCAGGCGUGAACAACUUUGGCUUUCAUUCAUUUUUUUUUAAUCGCAACACAUCCACGUCUGGGUGAUGUGCACAGAAAUAGAACAACACUACUCCCAACCUCUUCCGCAUAUUGGAUUUCUAUGCAAAGAGAAGGUCGCCAGUGUCCCUCCAAGGAUUCGGGAAAUGAAGACUGCUGCUGACACGGAACCAGCCUGUUUUGACUUCUAGUGCGUGUUUCUGUGCUGUUCAAGGGAUUUUCCCCGAGUUCACGAGUAAAGUAUCUCCUCUCUGUGUGGGAUCAUUCGCUGCAUUACCUAUUUGAAUACAGCCCCAGCUUUUUGGACGAGCCUGUGCAGAGCAUUGUACAGUGCACACAUUUGGUCAAAAUGCAUUUUAUUUAGGAUAACCACUGGAUAUACAAAGUGCCAAAUUUGAGCCGGAAUGGCGAACGAGUAUAAUCGCAAUAUUGUGGAAAAGUAUAUCUGCCAUAAACUCUCCAAGCGGGGGUACGUGUGGGGAUUUCGCGUUGUCCAAGAAGAAGAUGCUGCUAAUAACGGAUCGAUAACUGACCCUCCACCGACUUUGGUCCACCGGUGCCGAGAAGCCAGCACCGGGCCUGACGGCGAGAGCAACACCCACCUCUGCAGACGGCUCCCACAGUCCGACCCACACGCAGGCAUCCACAGAGUCCUGCGCGAGGCUGGAGAUGAACUUGAAAGACUGUACCAGCCGGACUUCACGGAGAUGUCGCGGCAGCUGCAUCUCACCUCCGCCACGGCGCAGAGGAGGUUCGCCGAGGUGAUAGACGAACUGUUCCGGGACGGGGUGAACUGGGGCCGGAUUAUUGCUUUCUUCGAGUUUGGGGGCACGGUGUGCGUGGAGUGCGCUUCCAACGAGGGGAUGUCAUCCCAGGUGGACAACAUCGCAGACUGGAUGACGGAGUAUUUAAAUGGACCUCUUAACAGCUGGAUACAAGAUAACGGGGGAUGGGAUGCAUUUGUGGAGCUGUACGACAGACAGAGGGACUCCGUCUUCAGUUGCUCCUGGCCCUCCAUCAAGACAGUUUUCGGCUUGGCUGCGCUCGGAGCGGCCAGCCUCACCAUCGGAGCAUACCUUACACAAAAGUGAACAAGCCCUCUUUUCAAUCAGCUCGACUUUUUUCAUCUCAGCAUCUUCCUCCUCUUUUUCCUGGUGCCUCUCCUUCUUUUUUCCCCCCUCCCUGCACCUUUUUUUUAAGAUGCCCCUGACCCCUCAGAGACAACCUUCAGACUCUUCUGAAUCUCUUCAAAGCCUCUCCCAGAAAAAACUCCCUCUUCCCUGCCUCUUCGUGUCAAAACAUUCACAAAUCAAAACAACUGAAGAAACCAGAGGCGAAACCCACAGAGCAAAGGAUGCAUUUUAGAUGGAAUCGCACUAAGCUGACUACAACAGCGGAGAAACGAGGAGUGCAUGUUUUUGCCUUUGCUUUUUUUCUGUUUCUUUUUGCUCGGCCUGCUUCUCUACGAGUUAUAGCAUGAACGUUGAGUGUUAGUUUAGACGUCGCAUGUGUAGGUCCUCGGUUUGGAGGCCUUCGUGGUGGUAGUAGUGGCGGUAGGAUGUAGGGUGGGGGGGGGGUGCAAGGAUGAUGGUGACGAUGAUGCCAGGGAGGGCGAGGCCUCAGCCUCGACCCCUGGUCGUUAGGGUGAAGGACCCCAUUUGAACUGUGGACUCCAGUUACCCCCAUAAGCCGUCUUUCAAAGGACUUCCUCCAAACAGCAGCUGCUUAGAAUGUGUAAUGGAAACAGCUCGCUACAACCAGCGCAGUGUGUGUCUACUGCUUUCACCCCUCAGACCGCUCCAGUGAACUCUGAGCACACACUGCUCCAUUAUGCUCUCCCUGGCCUGUGAUGGAGGACAGGCUGCUAGAAGACUGAGCUCUUUUGCAGCGAUUUGAAAGCUCCUGUGUUGGGUUUUAAUUUUUGCAGCAAACCAAAUCGAAUGGUUUGCAUGUGGAGUGUUUUAGAAAAAAAUAUGCAAAAGAAGCCUGAAAGAUGAACGAGAGAUGUGCAGCACAGCAUAAAAGAAAGAGGCAGAAGUAAAAUAAACCCUGUAGUAGGGUUCCUGCUGCAUAAACAGUUUUAAGAGUGCAUUCCUGACACACUCCUUUUCUAAAAUCACUGCCCUACAAAUUAUAAAUAAUCACAGCUCGUACUAUUAGCACACGACAUCGUUUAUUUUUUAAAUUUGCUUUUACUGUCGAAUGGGCUCGCUCAGGUUUCAGACCUCGCCCCGGCUGAGGUCUCACAGUGGCUCGGUAUUGCCACAGAAUGAACUCUGAACCGAGGACAGUUUCUCGCAAACGACUGAGGAGAUGCCAGCAGCAAAGCCAGGGAGUCCCAUGUGCUGAAACCUGAGAUGUCCCCUCUCUCCGGCCUGCAAAUGCAUCCCAAAUCAUUGAUUGGUUCCUUUCAGCCUGUUUUUGUAAUCGAUGUUUGUCUUGUGUUACAGUCCGACUGAAAAUUUGGAAGCACUCAAGGCCUCCAAAAUACUUCGUUGUACAGCAAGUCACUUGAGGAAAACCUUUUCUUUUUUUUCUUUAAAUUUCUCUAUCACUAAAACUCUCCAACUUCUUUGCCGUUGCAUGGAUGAAAGACACAAUGUCUUAACACAAUGCAUAUCUGCUACGCGUAACCAUAUUUAUAACAGAACAGGCAAGAAAUAACAACAAAGAGGUAGCAUUUUUCUAUUUAUUCAGAGGUACCAGAUCACAGAUUUUUAACAGUUUCUUCUAAGGAAUCACACUGUAACAAUGUUAUUUCCUGGCUGCUAUUAUAACAAGAAAAAAAAAGACAUGUUUUAAAAAGUGAUUUUUUUUCCCCUGUUUUGUAUUAUCAUCGGCUUAAGGCUGCUAUACUGUUGAUUUUACUCACAGCUUAAACUGCCACAAUUUUUCAGUAUAGUAUCCUAGAGAGCUGGAAACCAAAGUUAACUUGUAUUAAUCUUUAAUUUCAAAAGGAAAAAAAAUGAAGAAAAAAAAUACAUAAUAGCGAAAAGGAGAAAACACGUCGCUCCAGUUCACUGAGAGUCUGUCCAGUGAGGUUUUGUGAUCUCUCUGUGGAGGGUUUGUCUUGUGUUACUGUACUAUAUUAGCCUAACUUUUGUCAGCCUUGUGCUCCAAUGAUAACUCAGUGCUUAUCUGUAAAAAAUGUUGACCUACCAGACCUAAACCUUGUCUCAGCUCUCACGUUAAAACCACCCAGUUUUCAUUACAACAGCUCACAGUGUGAUUUGUGAUGUGUGUAUGAGCGUGUGUGUAUGAGUGUGUGUGUGUGUGUGUGUAAGAAACUGAGGGUGCUAUGAGCAGGAAUGGGAAGACUUUAACAGCAAUAUACUGUAAUUUUUAUACUCUGUGCAUAUAUGAAUGUAGCACUAUGGUUUCCGUGCUGUUUUAUGUCUAUAAUCGCAAAACUGUAGCACUUAAAAGAAAAAGAAAAAAAGAAAAAGAAAAGUGAAUUGUGUUUCUGUUGUUUACUGCUAUAUCCACGAUAAGCUAGUGGGAUCAUAUUGUUCCUAAUAAACCAGAUUUUUCUCCAGCAGAUGCAGAAGUCCGAGUUGAUGCUGCUUUGGUGUCUUAUUGAUUCCCGUCUUGGUGUCGGAGCCAGUCAGCAAACAGAAUAAGAGAGAUGUUUUAGGUGAAGAGCAGCCGCCCCGGCUGUGCUCUUUUGAUUAUCUGUUAUCCAUCACGGCUCGGCUCAGCUCUGCUCUGCAUAAAGCCUGGCUGUGUCAACGUGACAGUCUCCUUGUGAAGGACUGUGCAGAAGAAGCAGCAGCCGCACCCCAUCAGACAUCAAAGCUGUCCCCAAACACUGCAGUUGUCAGCCUCCCUCCUCUGCUCCAUACGCCGCUAAACACGAGUGCAAAAACCCCAAAUGCCCUGCGGCCAGGUUUUUGUACACCCCCUGCCUCUGUUCUGAUCACACUUGUCUUCAAAGGCUACGGCGCCCGGGCUGUUCGGUGGAAUUUGUGAAAAGCAUGAUGCAGUAAAACUAAUGUUGAAAGAGUUGAGUGGGCGCGAGAAAAUGAGGGGCGAGGAGCAAAAGAGAGCGGUGAUGGUGGUGUGUACAGAUAUAUCCCCGAGGAAAGCAACAGCGGAGGGAAGUUCAUUUGGGUUGGAUGCCCCCACCCGCCCCAUCAUCCCCCAAACCCCCCUCCUCACAAACCCCCACAAUCCCUCCUCUCUCUUUCCCACUCGCCAUGCAUAUAAAAUGCAUGACAUGCUCUGAAGAGGAAUUUUAAAUCAAGUCCUAGACUUUCAAAAGAGAGUCCAGUGUGGGUGUGGAUGGUGAAUAUAUGUGUGUGUGUGAGUGUAAAGAAGGGGAGAAAGAUGGGCAGUGAGAAGAGGAGGGGGAGGUUGGUGAAGCCCUUGUGCCUCUUCUGCUUUAGGGCUACAAGGUGUAAAGGAGGCUUUCCCAGAGCUGGAUAUCACAGGGGAGAUUGGGAGAUCAAAGCAGAUUGUCUGGAUUAAGUCUGGUCCAGCUUUACCCCUCAUUUGGAAGUCCAUCAGAUCCACACAUGAUACCUUUGCCUCAUUUAGAGGCAACCAUUAAAAACUUCCUGCUGAAAUCAAGCCACUUCCUCAA